AUUUGUGGAACUUGAAAACGAUUGUAAAAAAUAUGUCAAAAAACGACGAUUUGGAAUACGGCCACGGGCUAAACAAAUAUUUGGCGGAAACUCACGAGUGCCGCAGGUCCCCAGUACGCGCUCUGACCGGCUGAUCAAACAACAGCCGCAGACCCGGCACGUCUAUGCGCCUAUGCCUCGUUUAACCGAUUUUUGUAUUCUCUACAGGUACGGUUUUCUACGAUAAUAAAUCACCGUAGAUUCACGAACGUAAAACAUUUAAAUGUGUGACACGUAACAACCGAAAGCGUGUUGCGCGAGAUUGUUGGAAUAAUUAUUGGAUCAGCCGAUCGCUAAACGCCGUCCGAGGUAGGUGACUAAUCGUGCACGCCGGCGCUCAACGUCCGAGUUUUGCACGAUGCAUUUCACCACUAAGGUUUUUAAUACCGUGUGCAUUAUCGCUGCACUGGGGCAUGUCGAGCCGACGGCAAUUAUUACGAGAGAUGUGCACGAAACAGAAAUGUUUUACUACGAAAUACGCCCGGAACUUUUUAACUGGACGAACGGAGCGGAUACCGGGUUUGUGUUCACGCCGUCCUUACAAAAUUAUCCAGACUUGCUACAUUGGAUACAUUACAAAUUCAACAGUAAAAAUAGACACGGAUACUUGUACGGAACACCGCCAGCAGACUCGUCGGACAGACAAAUCCUAUUGGAUAUUAUUGGACUAAACAAAAAAACAUACCAGGUUGAGACACAAGUUAUCCAAUUUAACAUUUUUGAAAAAUCUGAAUAUGCAACAAAUGAAGUAAGAUUUAAGAUUAAUAACUUGAAUGUGGAAGACAUGUUUCAUGAAGAACGCAUACAAUACUUGCUGGAUAUAUUUAGACAAAAUUUAUGGUUGGGUAGUAAACCAAAUUUGUAUGUAACAUUUCUAGUAUCUGCAAGUGAUUUAGGACAACGAUUACCACUAGACCCAAAUGAUACAGAGGGUGUUAUUGUCAAUUUAGGAAGCUCAUCAAAUUUUUCAACAAUAUUAUAUGAUCUCGAGAAAGAAAUUAGUCCAUUGCAAAAAAUGAACAAAUGUCCAAAGGAUUUCAAAAGAACAAGUGUUGAAAGAUAUUUUCGAGCUAAUGGUUUCAAUUUGGACUGGUGCAGUUUCAAACUUGUAGAGUUGACGAUCAUAAACCAGAAUCACACUAUGAAUGUUCAGGACAGAACUAGCACAAAACAUGAAGAAGAAAAUGUUUGGGAAUUAAUGGAAUCUCUGCGAUACAGUCAGUCCAUGGAUGGAGAUAAUUCAAAAUUGAGCGUUACAUUACUUAUCUUUAUGAUUUUUGUAAUAGGGAUAAUCUUUAGUAUUGGUGUAUUUAGAUGGCAUAAAAAUAAAAAGUUAUCUUUUUGAAUAGAACAAAAAAUAAAUAAAAUUGAAAUUA